CAAGUACACCCCACUUUAUUAUUAUAUUCGAUUCGUCUUCUCGUUCUAUCCUGUUUUUUUUUAAUUCGAAAUUCCAAUAUUUCUAAAAUUCAAUCCUUAUGAGCAGUUCUCCACAAAAUGAAGCAGAAGCUCGCGAAAAGAUGCGCGAGCUGAUGUCACGUCCACCAUCGAGUCGACCAGCUGAUUUUGUGAAUCCUCUCGAAAAGAUCGAGCAGUUGCUGACGUGUCCGAUUUGUCUCGAUCGCUACAAACAACCCAAGCUUCUACCUUGUCAACACACAUUUUGCUAUCCAUGCUUGGAAAGUUGUGCAGACACGUUACAUCGCAAUUUGAAAUGUCCAGAAUGUCGAGCAGAACACAAUAUUCCAUAUGACGGAGUAAAGGCGUUUCAGCCAAACUACACAUUAACCGGGUUUCUCGAGAUUCAUCUGCAGGCCACACCAGAAUCGGCUGCAGAAAUUGAAGAGUACAUUCACAGGUACAAUUUGGAACGGUGCAAGAUUUGUGAUGAGAAAGCAGACUGUGAACCAUGUGCACAUUGUGAUAGAAAAGCAUGUAAAGAAUGUCGACAGACUCAUAUGGAUAUGCUUAAAAGAGACAUGUCGCGACUUUUGAAUCAGGUUAAACGGCUUGCCAAUCGAAUUACGGAAGCAUCGGAUAAUUUAUCAAAAGGAGUUGAUAUGAUGACAAUGAACUGUGAGACAACAAAAGCAGAAAUUAAAGAAUAUUUCCACAGAUACCAGAGAGAUCUGAAAAAGAAGGAAGACAACUUUCUCAUGGAAGUUGAUACAUUUCAAGCUACUGAGACUCGUAAUAUGAGCAAUCUUCGUGAUGUUCUGGAAAUUGAAAGUUCUAAUAUGAGUGAAGCAGUUUCUAGACUGGAUGCUGCAAUCAAGGGAGAAUGUUCAAUUGAAGAUUCUGAACUUGUUCGAAUGAAAAACACGUUUACGGAAGGGCUUGAAUAUCUUAGGAACUUUCAGCCCGACGCCGACGAACUUUUUAAUCGAAAACUCCGAUUCUCAGCUGGAGAUGAUGCUGCUAAGCUUCCAGCAGCGAUCACUACUUCUGGUGAACUUUGUGUUCUAGUUCCUCAAUUUUCGGGAAGAUACCUCCCUCUUGAACAAUCAUACCUUCCAAGACCAUUCCGUUUACCAUUGGAAAGUGACAGUUAUCGGGUUAAAUCUGACGAAAGAGCAAGUAUGAGAGAUCGAGAAGCUGAUAGGACAUCUUCAAGGCACAGUCAUCGAAAUCCUGAGCCUGAUGAGUCCUCGAUUCGUUACCGUCGUCGUCAGCAGCUGGAAGACGAAGCUUGGAAUCGUCUCCGUAAUUCAUCUGCUGCUCCUUCUCUUCUUACUACAUCAGUCACUGCGGACUCUUCAUCACGAACAUCGCCGUGGGCUGCUGAUCGUGUCACCCGAUCAGUUGAACCAACCAAGUCACGGCCAACAAGUCUGAUUGUUCCGAAUACUGAAACACCAAGAACUGUAUCUCCAGCUAGUAAACCUCCUCUUCCACCACAAUCUGUUGAACGGGUUGAGAGGACUGAAGAUGCAUCACCUGCUCCACUUCCACAACUUCCGAUCCGAAAGCCACCUCUGCCACGUCAACAGUCCAGUAACGAUGAUUCUUUGAAUGAGAAAGUGGAAACCAUCCGUAGAGCUCAUCAACAACGUCAAGAUGCAUCUAGAGCUGCAUCAAGAGCAGUUUCAAGUGAAGAAUCAGAGGGAGAGGAUUUUCCCGUAUCCACCAACCGCGGUAGAAUACGAAUAGUUUGUCGCGCGGCAUCUGUAAACCGUGAUGAUGGACUGAUGAGUAUGAUCCCAGGAACUGGUACGAUCAUAAAUGUUCCGCCACCUCAACAUCAACUUCCGGCAUCCGCUCCGAUCACCAAUGGGACAUCUGAACAAGUCGCGAUUCCAGUCACACAUUUCACAGGUGAGGAAGACGAAAGUGACAUCGUCGUGCCAGCGUGGUUACAGCGUCGGAGGCAACGCUUCCAACGCUCGCGCACAAAUCCCGACAUACAGGCACAGUUCACAAGUGCUCGAGUGCAGCAGCUUCUCGCCGAACGUCAAUCUCGUUUAGACUCUUCUACGACAACCGACGAAGAGAAAGAGAAGCUUGCCGUUUUGCGACAGCGUGGCCGCAGCGCUUCUCGUGAAGCUGGUGAAUGGAGGGCUCGUGGUAGACCACGUGCAGUAUUCGGACGAAAAGGUGCGAAGGAUGGCGAGUUAAACUGGCCACGUGGAAUUUGUGCAUUGUCCGGAGGUCUUGUCGCAACUUGUGAUUCGUCUAAUCAUCGUGUCUGUGUUUUCGAUAAAGAUGGAAAAUUUGUUCGUCAGUUCGGAGGCUACGGUGCCGGUGCCGGACAACUUGAUUCAGCUGCCGGGCUAGCAAGCUCAAAGCUCCGAGUUAUUGUAUCCGACAGGUACAAUCAUCGAAUUUCCGUUUUUGGAUUGGAAGGAGAUCAUUUGUUCUCAUUCGGUGGACAUGGACAGGGAAAUGCUAAGUUCAAUAAUCCAUGGGGAGUUGCUGUCGAUGAUUUGGGAAGUAUCUAUGUGGCUGAUAAGGAUAAUCACCGCGUCCAAGUCUUCGACAAAAAUGGUCAAUUCAUUGCAAAAUUCGGAUCUUUCGGACAUCUACCUGGUCAACUAAACAGUCCAUUGUUCAUAGCAGUUAGCAGAGUUACUCAUCACGUGUAUGUAUCAGAUUCUUCGAAUCAUCGAAUCAGCGUAUUCGAUCCCCACGGUGUUCAUUUGUUUUCAUUCGGCGAGGAAGGUUUUCAUGGUGGACAAUUCAAAUUCCCACGUGGAAUUGCUAUUGAUUCACAGGAAAACCUAAUAAUCGCCGACUCCGGUAACAACAGGAUCCAAGUUUUCGACGCCCAAGGUCAAUUUGUCUCCUCUUUCGGAACUUGGGGUGGAGGAGCUGGACAACUGAAAGGUGUCGAAGAUGUUUGUGUCACUGCUGACGGUUCAAUUGUUGUCACCGAUCGCGAGAAUCAUCGCAUUCAGAUCUUCUAAAUUAUGUUUUUUCGGGCCUUAUUCUUGUUUCAUUUUCAAUUAAAAUGUCUCCUUUGUAAUUUUCUGUUAUCGAUACCGAUGCCACCCAACUUUUUAGUGUUUUCAUCUUUAGGUACAAAGCACUUUUACAAGUAUUAUUAAUUAUUAUUACCCAUUACGACUUUCGGUUUUAAAACACUUCUGUUUUCGAGUUUCAAUAAAAUAUUUAUUG